AAAAAGGCUGCCGACAGGCGGCUGGGCGGAGCCGCGGGCCUCCCUCGGCUGAGUACCGCGCAGCGAGGAGGCGCUCCGACAGUCAUGGAGCGCCUCGUGAGAGUGAGGGCCUGGGUGGAGGAGAACCGGGCAUCCUUCCAGCCCCCGGUCUGCAACAAGCUCAUGCACCAGGAGCAGCUCAAAGUCAUGUUCGUCGGAGGCCCCAACACCAGGAAGGACUAUCACAUCGAGGAGGGUGAAGAGGUAUUUUACCAACUGGAGGGAGACAUGGUUCUCCGAGUCCUGGAGCGAGGGAAACACCGGGAUGUGGUCAUUCGGCAGGGAGAGAUAUUCCUCCUGCCUGCCAGGGUGCCCCACUCACCACAGAGGUUUGCCAACACCGUGGGGCUGGUGGUUGAGCGGAGGCGGCUGGAGACCGAGCUAGAUGGGCUCAGGUACUACAUGGGAGACACCAUGGACGUCCUAUUUGAGAAGUGGUUCUACUGCAAGGACCUUGGCACGCAGUUGGUCCCCAUCAUCCAGGAGUUCUUCAGCUCUGAGCAGUACACAACAGGAAAGCCCAUCCCUGACCAGCUGCUCAAGGAGCCACCAUUCCCACUGAGCACACGAUCCGUCAUGAAGCCCAUGUCCCUGAAGGCCUGGCUGGACAGCCACCACCAGGAGCUGCAGGCAGGCACACCACUUAGCCUGUUCGGGGACACCUAUGAGACCCAGGUGAUCGCCCAUGGACAAGGCAGCAGUGAAGGCCUGAACCAGAAUGUGGACGUGUGGCUGUGGCAGCUGGAGGGCUUCUCGGUGGUGACGAUGAGGGGACAGCGCCUGAGCCUGGGCCCCGAGGACAGCCUCCUAGUGCUAGCUGGGACCUCGUAUGCCUGGGAGCGAACGCAAGGCUCUGUGGCCCUGUCUGUGAUGCAGGAUCCUGCCUGCAAGAAGCCCUGGGGUGACCCCUUUGCCAUGGCCUGAAGCAGCCACAGGUGUGCCAAGCACCCUCUUGAGUGCCAUCCCCACUAAACAACUCUCCCAGCCCCUACUGCUUCUCCAUGAACUGCUGCUUGUGUCCCUCACAGACCUGGACAUGAUUGUCAACCACCCUCCUGCCCUUCUCAGCCCAGAAGCCAUGCCCCUGGGUGGGCAGCAGCUCCCUAUCUUCUCUGGCAGUCUUACCCCACUGCCUUGCCAGCCUUUCCAGGCAGUCUACUCCCUGCCCAGCUCCUGCCCAUUCCUCUGUCCCUACAGACUUUAUGCAGCACCUCCCCACCAAGAAGGCCCGCAGUAAAGGUUUCCUGGUGAACGAAUACCUGUGGGUCUACACACACACAGGCAAUCAUCGCUGCUGUUCCCAUGGGCUCCCCUGGGACCAUGUGAUGUAUCUGGGGCAUCCGGACCCCAGGUGGCCAUGGACGUGUUGGAGGGUCUGUUAUUGAGCAUCCCUGUUCCUGGAUGGGCAUUCCUCACUGUGCGUGUGUGACUUGACCCACGCAUGCUCCGUGUCUGGUCCUGGGAGCACAGCUAAUGUCAUCUCUCCACUUCCUUCUUGUUCCCAUUUAUUCCUGUUACUUUUCUUUUUCCCCCAAGACUGGAUCUCACUCUGUCACCCAGGCUGGAGUGGAGUGGUGCAAUCACAGCUCACUGCAGCCUUGAACCCCUGGCUCAAGCGAUUCUCCCACCUCAGCCUUCUGGGUAGCCGGGACUACAGGCAUGCACCACCACACCCAGCUAAUUUUUUUAUUUUUUCUUUUUUGUAGAAAUGGGGGUUUCACCAUGUUGCCCAGGCUGUCUUUUUACAUAACUUUAAAAGACUAGCAUCUGUUGAGUUUUUUUCCAAUAACAGAAGUCAUCUGUGCUAACUAUAGAAAACACAGAAAUACACAAAACCCCCGGCCCAGAGCUAACCACUGUUAAUACCUAAAGACUACAAUCAGUCUGGAGAGGGAGCGAAGUUGUACCAGGAGCUCAGCAGUGUUGGUGGGGUUGUCAGGCCUUGUGCGCCCUGCACUCCCCUGUCAUGCACAGGCACCAUGUUCAAAGACUCCAGAGGACCCCCUGAGCCUGUUGUGUGGGUCUCGGGAUGCAGAGGCACCAGUGGGCAGAGAUGAGAAAGUGGAGCCUGCAGCGGGCAUGAUGACUCGGUUUCCUGGGACAUCCAUGGGAAGUCAAUGAGGGCAUGCACAUGAGCGUGUCUGGACAGAACAGAUGCCUGCUUGGCCUCAAGCUUCCUCUAGAAAAGAACACUUGAGCCCUGUCUUCCCCAUCCCCAGCCUGCUGGCUCUCUGCCUUCCUACGUUCCACUGGGAGUAGAGGAAGACCUGCCUUUGCUGAAAAGGCUGCUGGCCCAGAGAGAUAUUGGGACCUUCACCCACCUCUUCACCCCUAAGGAUUUUCCUCACCUACAAGCAAACAAAACAUACCAUCAGGCUCCUCCAAACGCAAAUGGUCCAGGGCAGGCGCAGGCAGAGGCUCAGUGCAGCCUGUUCUUGGCCUGUAACAAUGCACUGCUCCAUGCAUGACCUGAGAAGAGAACAUAGAAUGUUCCCAGAAGGCCUGGGGUCAGAACACACAUAGCCAUGAGGAGAAGAGUCUACCCUCGUACCCAGGACAAGCCUAAUUCAGACAGCCAUGAAAAUUAGAUCUGCUUCUGUGAACACUCGCUCUGUGCCAGGGAAUCCCCUGGAAGUUUUUCAUAAAUUAUCUCAUUUUAUCCUCACAACUCUCCAAGAAGGUGGUAGUAUCCGAUUUUACAGAUGAGGCUCAGAGAGGUCUGGAAACAGGGCAGCUCUGUUCCCACCCAGGCUGCCUGCAUAUGAAGCUUAGUUAGGCUGGGCCUCACCAUCCUGCUUCUCCCAGGGAUGUCUGACCUCAGCCUCAACCCAACAGGAGCCCAGGGCAGCCAAGAGAGGCCAGGGGUCACUGUGCCUGAAACACAGAGCCUGGCCACACACAGCAGAUGGCUGACACCAGCCAGCUGGCAGUUGUGGGUCAGGCUCUGAAACCUGGAACCACCACCUCCCUUGGCUCUGCUGCCCUGGGUUAUCAGGAGCCUGAAGCCCUCAUCUCCAACCACAGGACCAGCCUGUGGGCUCAUGAGAACACCUCACCAUGGGACAGCCGGACUUGUACCUUGUCUGGAGCCAGCCCCAGCUUCCCACUCCCCAUUCUGCAGUGAAUGCUGAUGGGGGCGGGGAGUUGGGUGGACAAGGAGCCAUGGGGAAGCACAGACAGGGAAAAUCAGGAUUGUUCUCUUUGUGGACGAAGCCCCCAGGUCUCUAUGCCAUGGUGGUAGAAAGCUGGCAGCGAUGCCCUCUGCCCAUGGGCUACUUCACCGUGUACCUGGGCUUGGAACCAUCACAGACUUUGGAACCAUCAGGAAUCUGGGAGUGACUGCAGGCUGAACUACAGUGGACUUUCAGACGCACAGCAGGCUGGUGGAGUACACACAGCCUGGUUCCUUGCAGGCCACCAGCAGAAUGAUGGAGGUCUCACUUCAGGCCACUCCCUGCCCACUUCUCCCAGGACAAUGUCCUGUUGGCUUCACAGUCCCUGAAGCCAGAGCUGGUGGGGGCAGGGAGGCAGCCACCUGCCUCUAUUUGUAGUAGGGGAGGGGGUGUCCAGGGAGGGCUGCAUGACCCUGAGAGCCACAGGUCACCAGGCCUCAGGGCUGCAAAUACUCUCCCCUGCCUCACCUGUCUGGACUUUUCUCCCUCCAGGGUUUUUCUGGGCUUCCAUCUUGCCCCUGCUGAGCCCUGCUUCCUCCUCUACCAGGGGCACAACCCCCAGGCUGGGUUCAGAAGCCUCAUGUGGUCACUCAGUCCCCCGGCAGACAGGGAGGGUGCAAGGUUUCCCCUUGGCCCGCAAACAGGAACACGAUGUUUCUCAGUGGCUGUGAGAAUGCUGAUGAAAACCCCAGGAUGUUGUGUCACUGUGGUGGCCAGCUGUUAGUGACAAUCAUCCCUCUUUGCCCUGAGUACUCCUGCUGGGGUAGAAGACUCCAGAACCUUUCUCAGGUCUGUGGCCCAUGCAGCCCAUGGAGCUUCAUAACCUGAGCUCUCCAUCUCCCUCUCUCUCCUCUUCGGUUCUCCUUCCCUCCUUCCCUCCCUCACCCUCCUCUUCUUCCUCUGCCUUUACCACUGUGGGGGUGUCCUCUAGAGAGACCUGCCACCCUACCUCUUCCCCAGUGGUGUCUGCCUUCCUGGCACCGAUCCUGGCCCUGGAGUUUGUCCUGGGCCUGGUGGGGAACAGCUUGGCCCUCUUCAUCUUCUGCGUCCACAUGCGGCCCUGGACCUCCAACACGGUGUUCUUGGUCAGCCUGGUGGCCGCUGACUUUCUCCUGAUCAGCAACCUGCCCCUCCGAGUGGACUACUACCUCCUCCAUGAGAUCUGGCGCUUUGGGGCUGCUGCCUGCAAAGUCAACCUCUUCAUGCUGUCCACCAACCGCACGGCCAGUGUCGUCUUCCUCACGGCCAUUGCACUCAACCGCUACCUGAAGGUGGUGCAGCCCCAUCACGUUCUGAGCCGGGCUUCCAUGGGGGCAGCUGCCCGGGUGGCCGGGGGACUCUGGGUGGGCAUCCUGCUCCUCAACGGGCACCUGCUCCUGAGCACCUUCUCAGGCCCCUCCUGCCUGAGCUACAGGGUGGGCACGAAGCCCUCAGCUUCGCUCCGCUGGCACCAGGCGCUGUACCUGCUGGAGUUCUUCCUGCCACUGACACUCAUCCUCUUCACCAUCGUGAGCAUUGGGCUUACCAUCCGGCGCCGUGGCCUGGGUGAGCAGGCAGGCCCACAGAGGGCCAUGCGCGUGCUGGCCAUGGUGGUGGCUGUCUACACCAUCUGCUUCCUGCCCAGCAUCAUCUUUGGCACAGCUUCCAUGGUGGCCUUCCGGCUGUCCGCCUGCCACUCCCUGGACCUCUGCUCACGGCUCUUCCACGGCUCCCUGGCCUUCACCUACCUCAACAGCGUCCUGGACCCUGUGCUCUACUGCUUCUCCAGCCCCAGCUUCCUCCACCAGAGCCGGGCCUUGCUGGGUCUGACUCGGGGGCAGCAGGACCCCGUGAGCGAUGAGAGCUCCUACCAACCCUCCAGGCGGUGGCGUCGCCAGGAGGCCUCGAGGAAGGCAGAGGCCACAGGGAAUCUGGAAGUGCAGGCCAAGGUGUCUCUGGAAAAGGAAGGCUCCUCCCAGGGCUGAGGGCCAGCUGCAGGGCUGCAGGGCUGCAGAGGUAAGGGCUGCUGUGCUCGCCUGGAGGGACAAGGCCAACACAGAAAAGGGAUGGCGGCAGACUCGGGGCCAGGCUGAAGCACUGGCCGGACUCAGGAGGGUGGCAGGGAGAGAAAGCUGCCUUGGCCUCUCAGUGUGUCCAGAAUGGUGUUCCCAGAAUGCAGGGAAGAGCAGAAUGCCAGGUGGAGACAGGCAGGGUGCUGUGGCCACGCCAGCUCAGACAGCGGCCUGCGCAGCUGCAGGGGCCAGAGGCCAAUCACUGUCACAGCAGAGUCGCCUUAGAAAUUGGACAGCUGCAUGUUCUAUGCUCUCGUUUGGCCCUUCUGAUAUUAAUAAACUUCCCUUUUAAACAUA